UAAGAAACGAAGCACAACAGGCUCGUUUGUGGGUUUCUGCAGCUUUAAGCGGACAGAAGCUCGUCCCUUCAUAUGGCUUCUGAGAUAAGCAGAUGAAAACAUGGCUGUAAGCAGCUCAGAACCGCUCUGUCAUCCGUGCGUUUACCAUCACGCGUUUAAAGUGGAUCUACAGGUGAGGAGACCUCUGAUGCCGGUUCAGCUGAGUCCAGACCAGGUGGGUCUGGAGAUGUGGUGUCUUUGUGGCCAGCUGGAUCUCCUCAUCAGAGCACAGAUGCAGCAGUUCCAGGAGCAGUUAGGACAAGGAUGUAGCCCUGAGGAGUCAGACACUUUCCAGUCUCAAGGAACAGAGAUUCUUGACCAGAUGCUGCAGUGCCUAGAACAUCUACCAAAGCCUAUGCCACAGCUGGAGGACUACCUGGACAUGGUGGGUCUUUCAGCCAUGUUUCCUCGUGUAGAGGUAUUUCUCAUUCAAGGCAGCCCUGUUGACAUGCUGGAGAGGCCACCAAUGGAUGAACACUUCCCCCACAUCGCCAAACUGAACCAGCUCCUGGUGCUGAGUCAGCAGCUCGAGGAGGACAUCCGUCACCUUGGAAGCCAUAAGUACAUCCCCCACCAGCUCUCAGUUAUUUAUCAAGUCAUCAGCUCGUUCAGAGGCUUCCAGGCAUUCUGCGAAAUCAAGAACGAUAUUGAGACCAACUUCAAACAGAUGAAGCAGUCGCUGCUGGUGGACGAAGGCUCCAGGCAUGAACCUCAGCUGGCGGCACACUACAUCGAGUGGAUCGUAGAAAUAACUCAGAGCAUAUCGUCAGAGGUGUUGUCACUACCAGAAGAACUGACAGAAGAUCUUCAUCCCACUAUGAGCUUCAUAUCACAGUUCUUGUCCUGACUCGAGGACUGAGCGACGACCCGUUCUGUGGUUCUGCUGCACCAGGUUUCUCCACGGAUCAACUUUUUAUGAAAGAACUGUUGCGUUUACCACUGUACACAGGUGCUACACAAUUUGAUACAGCUGGUGUGAUUCUGUAGCCUGCUUCAUCCUCUCCAUCUUCAUCAUGUCAGUUUUUUUUAUAUUUUUCUUCUGAAUGUGACUUAAAUUACUCCCUAUAAUGAGUCUGUUAUUUGAAUGAUUGCAAACUUGCUGAUUCCCAACUUGCACUAUUCUUAUGUGUAAUUUUGUUUUGUUUUUUUACAUGAAGUGUAACAAUAAAAUUGUAAGCAAUAAGGUGAUGUGCUUAUUUGAAUUAACAUUUAAACAAUUAAAUGUUUUACUUUGACCAAGA